UCUCCCCGAGCACCACCCUAACCUCACUUUCCGGCCGUCAUGGUCCCGGAGGUUAUGUGAAUAGCGUUUCGUUUGAGAUAACAAAAACAGUUCUGAAAUGGAGGCGGAAGAUACGGAGCUGCAGAAUCAGAGCAAAGAGGUGAUAUUGUUCGGCCGGGACAUCAGGAAAGUUCCCUGUUUUAAGAACAGUAUAUUGUUCGGCAUAUACAGCGGCUUAGCGACCGGCCUGGCCACCUUCAUGUUCACGAGCCGUGUUAAACUGGCGUCGAACGUGGCCAUGGGUUCCUACCAAGCGUUGCGGCACAAGCACUUUAGCAACGAUGAAGAGAACAUGCAGAGUUUCCUGCAAGAUGACGAGAAGCUGGAGGAUGCUUGAGAGAGACGUCCCGCCUGAAUGUAACAUUGUGCGUGGCGUGAAAUCCGAUAUUGUUUAUAACAGCCCAAUAUGCACAAAGUAACAUAGUUGAAAUUACUGUAUUAUUUACGGGACUCUCGCGAAAGUCAGCUUGUCGAAGCAGUUUCUUAAUGAUUACUUGGAGAAACAGUACAGUAUCAAGGUAAAAUUUGAUACUUUAGGAUUGUUAUUUUAAUUCUACGUGUACAUACAAGGUACUGAUUUGUACUAAUUUUGUACAAAGGUAAAUCUGUAGAAUGUCUAGCAUGUUACAUUGUAGUUACCGCAUAGCCCAAUCGUUAAUUGGUAUUACACGAUUGCGUGUAGCUCAUUGUAUGAAAACCCAAGAAAAAAGAUUAUAUAUAAACACAUGUAAUUUAUAUAUGAAUUUUGUCUCUAUAUGACUAUAUAUUAUAUAUAAAAUUACAUAUGUCUUCACGAAAUAAAAAUACUGUUGAAUGAGAAGCGGAAGAAAUAUUUUGGUUGAAUUAAGUGUUUAUAUCGUGGGCAAUCACAAACAUAAGCACUUCGGUUAUAUUCGUAUAACAAUAUUUUUCAGACAUAGGACAUAUAUAAUUACAUAUGAUUAUAUACGGGCAUAUAUAGACAAAAUUCAUAUACAGUAAUUUUUUUCCCGGGAUUUUAGCCAAUUAAGAAGCAACCUUGUUAGAUUAUUUUUCAAAUUAUACAACGCGUAAGCGUUUGUUGUAAUUUACCUUUGAAUAAAGCUGUUUUCCGAA